AUGCUACCGUGGAGUCGAGCGUCCAACUCGCGUCAGAGCCCGACCGAUGAAGGCACUACUGCUUCCCCGUCCCCGGACAACAACAGCAGCAACUCGUCCUCGGUGCUCCCCACCUCGACCUCGACCUCGACCUCGACCUCGUCCUCGACCUCGUCCGACCCUCACCCGCAUGCUCCCCCAUCGCACCCACCCUCCUCCCCUUCCGGAACAAGGCCUUCAGCCUACCUAGCCCAACACCAUCGCAAUUCGUCCUCGACUCGCACGCCGUCUUUUGCGCCUCCAACGAGUGAGUUCCGACGCGCCGGGGUAGGUUCAUCGAGCAAGAGUGACGCCCAAGCGAUCGCGACGGACAAUGAUCCCUGGGAGGAACAAACCGAUGAGGAGGAUGAUACGAUCGCUUCGAUAAGGAGGAACGUACAGGGAGCUUUGGACGUGUCUUCUGCUUCGGGAUCGGGAGGCAACCAGCACAAGGAACGCGCGAGCUCGCCACCUGUUGCUGUUGGGAGUGGGGGAUCGGUCGGACCAUCAGGAGGAGGAGGCGGUUCAUGGUCUUUCAACCCUUUUAGUAUCGUCAGUGGGGGAAGUAGCAAGAGCCAUACCCAACCGCAGGACGACUCGUACACCCCAACACAGCGUGCAGGACCGGACGCCGUCGCCGCCGCUCUCAAUAGCGUAGGCAGGGGUCGGCCACCUCCGUCUCCCAUGGCGACGGGAACGACGACGAUUUCAUCUUCGGCCGUUCCGGGGUCGAGAGGGGCCAAGAGAUCGGUCAGCUAUCUCGCUACGGCUUCCAAGGUUCAGGCUGAGGCGGAUGAGAAGAUUGAUGAAGCAGCGAGGGAACGGAAGGCUUCGGCGACAGGUCACAAGGACGGCUCAACAUCAUUGACACCGCCACCCACAACAUCGCCAUCGACAUCGCCACCCACAACAGUCGAUGCGCCACCAAAUCCGAGUGAUGAACCUGGGCCGACUGUCGCAGAGGAUGGCGUCGAGGAAGAGGAAGAAACGGAGGCGACGAGGGCCAAGCAGAGUUCGACGUGUCGGAUCGAGCAGUGUCGGCGGCAGAUCCGACCCGAGGUCGAUGAGAUUGUACGAGGUAUGGUUCUUGCCGAUGGGGUGCCAGAGGGUUUUCACUUGUGUUUUAGGUCGUCGUACUCGUAUUGAACUGAUGUGGUACGUCGCCCUACCAGAUCCCAUCUCCGUCCUUGGUCGCCUAGCCGAACCCCCGCCACCCCCACCUCCAGACUCGCCCAUUCAACCACGCAAGUCAACCUCCUCAAUCGGAGACAGAUCCACUACCGUUCCCCAAAUAGGCGGGGACGAUGAAGGUGAAGACGACGAGGAGGAUCCUGCCAAGGGUUACAUUCAGCUCGAUGCUACCAAUAUCAGUUCUGGGGGUCCCGAAAUUGUUGAGUUCAAUAGGGUUGAGGAUCCGGAGGAGAACGGGGAGCUGGGGAGGGAGCGGAGGAGGAGGCGCAAGUUUGUUGACUGUCUCGGAGCGGAAACGGUCGAUUUGGGUGCGUUUGCAUGGUGUUCAAGUGCUCUGCAUAGACCUCCUGACUAAUCUUCACCUUCUUUACAGCUGCGCUGAGGACCUUGGCCUGGGCUGGGAUACCGAAUGAGCUGCGACCGAUGGCGUGGCAACUCUUGAUGGGGUACAUGCCCGCACCUUCGGCUCGACGCGUCUCGACCCUAGCGAGGAAACGACAAGAGUACGCCGAUGCGGUCCGACUCGCCUUCUCCCGUGGCGUCAAAGGACUCGACGGACCCAUCUGGCACCAAAUCAGCAUCGACGUACCUCGGACCAACCCCGGUAUUCAGUUAUGGCAAUGCGAAGGCACGCAAAGGGUCAGUCGAAUCUAUACUUUGUUCCAGCUCGCCGCAUAGGAGCUGACCAGUGUUCGAAAUGGGUUGACAGAGUCUCGAGAGGAUCCUUUACGUUUGGGCGAUUCGCCAUCCCGCGAGUGGGUACGUCCAGGGGAUCAAUGAUCUGGUCACGCCUUUCUUUCAGGUCUUUUUGUCGUCUUAUAUCGGUAAGUCGCCAGUAGUUCUCGAGUGCGGCAGAAGUCUUGCCCAUGACUGAUGGUGCCUUUGGCCCAACCAGAUUCGGAUCCCGAAGCAUACGACGUUGCGGCCCUCCCUCCGGCGGUAUUGGAAGCGCUUGAGGCGGACUCGUUUUGGUGCUUGUCCAAAUUGCUCGACGGAAUUCAGGACAAUUAUAUAUUUGCGCAGCCGGGGAUCACAAGACAGGUCGCGAGGAUGAAGGAGUUGUGUGCGCGUGUUGAUGGUGAGUCUCUUAUCACGAAGGAGAUUGGCAACACGUUAGGGAGUUGAGCUGAUUCGACAGUGAACCAUUUUCUACCAUCAGCCCCUCUCGCUCACCACCUGGAAGAAAACUCGGUUGAGUUCAUCCAAUUCGCUUUCAGGUGGAUGAACUGCCUGCUCAUGCGUGAAAUGUCGGUCAAGAACAUCGUGCGCAUGUGGGACACCUACCUCGCCGAAGGGCAGGAUGCCUUCUCCGAGUUUCAUCUCUAUGUAUGUCUGGCGUUUUUGGUUCGGUGGAGCGAUCGGUUGAGGGAGAUGGAUUUUCAGGUGCGUUCUUGAUGACUCAAAAUACACCAGACGAGGUGGCGUAGGAUGGGGCUUGAUUCCCAUGGGGUACCUGAUCGCACAGUCCAUCAUCAUGUUCUUGCAAUCGUUGCCGACGCAACAAUGGAGCGAUAAGAAUACGGAGUUACUUCUCUCGGAGGCGUUCAUGUGGUCGAGGACGUUCGUUGCUAGAUGA